GGAGUAUAUGAGCCUGAUGUUUUUUAUGACACAUGCGACGAACUCGGAAUUCUUGUGUGGCAAGACUUUCAAUUCGCUUGUGGUGUCUAUCCUGCGCACGACACCUUUGUGGAUAGUGUCACAAAAGAAGCGGUAGACAAUGUGAAAAGACUCCGACACCACCCCGCGAUGGCGCUGUUCUGUGGAAACAAUGAAGAUUAUCAACAAGUCCUUCAAUGGGGAGGGAUCACCGAACUUCCUGCUCGCAAGAUCUAUGAACAGGUACUCCCUGAUAUCGUUGCUGCACUUACCUCGUCAGAGGUUCCAUAUCACCGAGGUUCACCAUAUGGAGGUAAAGAUUGGUGGGAGACGAGUGAUCCCACAGUGGGAGACAUACAUCAGUGGGACGUCUGGGCGGGAAAGGAGAAAGCGUACCAGGACUAUGACAUAAUGGGAGGCCGAUUUGUGAGCGAGUUUGGGAUACCGUCUUUCCCUGAUAUGCGUACGGUUGAAUAUUGGCUUGAUAGCAAAGACGUCGGAAAGGGUCAGGACUACGCUCAAUCAAAGAUUAUAGCGCAGCACACUCGUGCUGGGAAUUUUGAGAGGCGUUUUGCCAUCGUCAUGAACGAGAAUUUCCGACUGACUUCCGACUUGGAAACGCAUGUAUAUAAUACUCAAAUCAUGCAAUCAGAAGCCGUGUCUUAUGCAUAUCAAGUGUGGCGAAGGGCCUGGCGAGGAAAGGGCAAAGAAUAUACGGCAGGGGUUAUUGUAUGGCAGUUAAAUGACUGCUGGCCUGUCACGUCUUGGGCCAUUGCUGAUUACUUUCUGCGUCCCAAACCUGUUUAUUACUCGAUCGCAAGACAACUGAAGCCGAUCACUGUGAACAUUUUUCGUACGGUUAUCAAAAACAAAGCUAACGACAGACCGCGACAAUUCUAUGAGUUUGGGGCGUUCCAGUCCAUUGACGCUCGAAUUGAUGUUUGGGCGACUAACAGUACUCUUGCACCUAGAAAGGCCCAGCUUGAUCUAUUUUGCAUAGAUCUCUAUUCCAGCUGGACCUC